AUGAUUUUCGACUGGAUUCACCGCGCUGUUUCGCCUUUUAUCUAUACACUCCCCGCCCCGAAUCCGUUUCAACUGCAAACCGUGGACAAACCAAAAUCCAAGCGAAAGAGUCUGAAGUAUGGUGUCGAAUUGGAAUACGUGUUGGCAUUUCAUGAUCUAGAACUCGAUCUUACAGACCGUGAGGGGCAUGGUCCUAACCAUGGAAUUGAGAAAAAUGUUCCAUUGGCCAUUCGUCGCGACCCGGCAUGGAGUCCAGCGGUCAACGUGCCCUUUGGAAGACUUGCCAACAUCAUUUACAACAGUUGGGCCAUUCGCAAACAUAAUGUCAAAGAUGAGGACAAGCAGAAGGGUAUAUCUAUGCUAAGGCCGUAUAAUCUCGAACCACAAGAAAUAGUCUUGAAUAAACUUAACAACAAGGUUGCAUGGCUUGAAGGUAAUAUCAAGCACACAGGUUUGCGAAAAAAGAAGGAUAAAACUGAAGGGUCAUACGAUCAAUGGAUCAUUUCGACAGAUUUUACGGUUGUCGGCCAAGGCUCCGCAAAUCUCUAUAAAUGGAUACCACGUAUCUCUGGCAGAACUUCUAAACGAUGGGAUUCUUAUGGCAUAGAAGUGGUAUCUCGAGUUCUCAAGAGCAACGAUCGUAGAGAUACGGCCGAGCUUGAAGACAUUGUCACAGCGCUCAAAGGUACCGGAGAUGAUCUAUAUGAAGGCUUCAUAACAAAUCAAUGUGCCCUACAUGUGCAUGUCGAGGCCCCCGAUCUUGCUACACUGAAAGAGUUGGCGUGCAUUUUGUUGAUAUAUGAAGAGGAGAUCUCAAGGCUACACCCUAGAUGUCGUCGUCCUGGUCAUCCUGUUGCAAGGGGCAAUCUCAUUAGUAAUCGCUUGCACACGCUCUUGGGUGCGGAUUAUGUCACAUAUGAGGAUACAGUCUAUGAGAUCUGGGAUCAGCGAGCGGAGACAUCUCUCUAUAGAAAACGAAGAACAAUCCAGCAAAUUCGCGAUGAAGUUGAUCAACUGCGGGAUGAGAAGGAAGUCGCUGGUUAUAUGGGUUUUCCUUUGACAUUCGCGAACAGGCUAGUAAAUUUCACAUCAUUGAGAUCCUCAAACCGGGCUCAUACCAUCGAGUUCCGACAAGCUCGCGGUUCACUCAACGUAAAGGAUGUCACUCAAUGGGUCGAUUUCUGCUUGAGCUUGGUGCGGCUUGCAGAAUAUUAUGUUUUUAACCCAGACGAAAGAAUUAAAGAAUGGUCUGGUGAAAAUGAUGACGCCAUGGAAGAAGUUGAUAUAUUCAGAUUAAUGGAUGCUAUGAAGCUGAGCGAAAGGAGUACAGACUUUUGGAGAAGCAAAGUUGCCAAAUACAUGGGAUUUAGAGAGGAAGACAACCGAAGUGACACUGAAAAGCUUCCCGGAGAAAAGGAGAAGAUACCCCCCAAGCCUCCAAAGCCUCCUGGACCACCCAAACCGCCUGGAGGACCACCUAAACCACCUGGAGGAUCGCCACCAGGUGGAAUGCCUCCGCCACCGCCAGGUGGUCAAGCAGGUGUAGUGGAAUAUCCUACCUUACCGCCAAGUGGUGAAACAGGUGUGGUGGAAUAUCCUACCUUACCGGGACAAUCGCCCGUACAGCGGCCAACCCCAUUGAUAGUACCUCGACUUUUCUCUCCGACUCAGAAACCAAGGACGCUCCCAGGAAAAAAACCCGCAAAGCCCAAAAAACCGAGAGUUGUGUCAGAAGCUAGAGCGAGGUUGAUAAGAAGAUUGGAAGAGAGAACCGAAAAUGAUCCUUAUUUCAAUGCAGCCGUCGGUGGAGGAUCCAGUAUUCCCCCAGCAGAAAGUGCUAUGGAAUCACUUGCUGCAUACUUCAACACGACUACCAGAGAUCUAGCUACUGCACAUCCAAUAAAUCCUCAACAACCAAAACCUCAAAAACCUACACCAUCGAAGCCUCCGCCAAAAAUUCCCCCACAAGUCCAGCCAGUGCGGAGCUCACAACCCAAUCAACCAUCACAGAAACCUAAGCCUCCAGUGACUCCAUCUAAGCCAAGGCCGGAAAACGUAGGAACAGGUGGUGAAGUGCAUUCCCCUGAACUUCCGUCAGACGGAGCAGACAUAGAUAAUCCAGAUUAUGUGCCUGAUGAUGAUGAGAAACCUGUAUUCCCUAAACCUUGGGCAGACACAGGCUAUGAUUCAGAUUACGAUAUUAUACAUGGCGUUGGUAUAUAUAGUGAUCUUCCGCCAGAUAAGCCGUGGCAUAUAGAUACAGGUGUCUAUGUACCCCAACAAGAUACACCAACUCCUUUCAAAACAAGGCCGAAAAUUCCAGAAGCAAAAAUCGAAACGCCAGUAGCACAAGAAGAAGAGCCGUCACAUGACGCCGACGACACUCACGAAAGUGUGAUCACAGGAACAUCUAAACCCUUGAAGCCUAAACCAUUGAAGCCUAGACCUUCAAAACCUAAACCUCCAAAACCUGAACCCGUCGAGGUCAAGAUCCCACCAUCUGGAGCUGUACCCAAAAUUCCUCCCAGAGUGGGCGGUCUUAGCUGGUUUAGCGGCAUUAACACUUCAAGUACUACAAAUGUAGGACCCGAAGUCACAACUGCCCCGAUAAAUCGUAUAACCUAUCAUCAUGUGCCAAAUACACCGGUGAAACCUCAAGUCACUGGAGCAACAACGGAAGUUAUCUAUCCUUCACUCCCAGAUACAGGCAAAAAACCUCCUGGGAAAAGACCCGCAGAAGAGACCUUGGAGCAAGAAUACAAUAAGAGACUCAAACCUUUUCCUAAGCCUGCGCCGGUAAUAGGACCUGUUCCUGCUUCAGGCAAAAGACCACCAACAGGUGGACCCUUACCAGGUGGAAAAGAUCCAAAAAGACCGAAGAUCUCUCCUCCAUCCACUGCUUAUAAGCCUACAGGGUCACUGACAGUCGAUGGAGUCCUCGAGAUUCUCGAAAGUCUCCAAUUUUUGGAAGAUGAAUCGAUCCGUAGAGAAGCAAUGGAGCAAUUGCACAACACUGGCGACGCGAAUAAAGAAACAAUAGCAAAGGCCAUCUCCAUCUUUUCAGAUAGCCAUCAAUCGUGGCUUCCAGAACACGCAAAGCCACCACACACCGCAGACAGUGCUGCGAUGAUAGAAGCUAAAAGGUUGCAGGCGGAAGCUGACGAGCGCUUUGCAGUGAGCUUACACCAGAUUGAAGAACAAGACUUAUUAGACCGAUAUGGAAGAUCGUCUGUCGGUGCCGAGCUCCGAGUUGAUCACCCUAAGCCCACAAAAAUUGGGCUAGAGGAGCUUGAACUUAUCAACGCUGGCACCGUGCAUGAGAGGUUGACGAUAAAGAAUUUUUCUAUUAAUGAAUGGGAGACACUCUUCACGACAGCUGUAGUUUCCGGCAAGUAUGGUACAUGUGGUGCUGCAGCUGUGGUACUGUCUCUUCAUAAUCAGUAUCGCAACGAGCCAUGGACGCGAGGCUUAACCAAAGAGAAAUUUUUAAGGGACUGGGUUGAAACGAUUCCAAGAUUCGGCGACCAACAAAGGUUAAACUUUUAUGACGAAGAUCAACUCAAUAACGCUCUUGUGAGAAUGACAAAUGGGCAGCUCCAGCUUGUCGUGACUCACAAAGGUCUAGAGAACUAUGUUAUGUAUGGCCCCCCGGAAUCCGCCCUCCUCACCGUACAUGGUGAGCCGGCUAGAUACCUGUAUGUACAUUUAACUCAUAUGGCAUUUAAAACAGGGCUUGGGGGUACACCAUACCAGCAUUUCGAAGGAAUGAAGAGAAAACGAGGAUACGAGGAGCAUAAGUAA